ACUAUCCUCCUUUCUUCUUCAACGUUGAUUAUAAAAUUCUCCAUCGGCCAUUCUCUCUUCUCUCCGAUCAGUCUCACCAUGGUUUUGUCGAAGACGGCUUCCGAGUCUGAUGUCUCAAUCCACUCAACCUUCGCUUCCAGAUACGUUCGAGCUUCCCUUCCUCGGUUUAAAAUGCCGGAGAACUCGAUCCCGAAGGAAGCCGCGUUCCAGAUCAUAAACGAUGAGCUGAUGCUGGACGGGAAUCCGAGGUUGAACUUGGCGUCGUUUGUGACCACUUGGAUGGAGCCCGAGUGCGAUAAGCUUAUCAUGGCCUCCAUUAACAAGAACUACGUUGACAUGGAUGAGUAUCCUGUCACCACUGAGCUUCAGAAUCGAUGUGUGAACAUGAUUGCCCAUCUUUUCAAUGCGCCGCUGGGAGACGGCGAGGCGGCAGUCGGCGUCGGGACGGUUGGGUCGUCGGAAGCCAUUAUGCUGGCCGGAUUAGCGUUCAAGAGAAAAUGGCAAAACAAGAUGAAAGCACAGGGCAAACCAUAUGACAAGCCCAACAUUGUUACUGGUGCCAAUGUCCAGGUAUGUUGGGAGAAAUUUGCGAGAUACUUCGAAGUUGAACUGAAAGAGGUGAAGUUGAGGGAUGGGUACUAUGUGAUGGACCCUGAGAAAGCCGUGGAAAUGGUGGACGAGAACACAAUUUGUGUUGCCGCCAUCUUGGGCUCAACACUCAAUGGCGAAUUCGAAGAUGUAAAGCUCUUGAACGAUCUAUUAACAAAGAAGAACAAAGAAACUGGGUGGGAUACUCCGAUCCACGUGGAUGCGGCGAGUGGUGGGUUCAUUGCCCCAUUUCUUUACCCAGACCUGGAAUGGGACUUCAGGUUGCCAUUGGUGAAGAGCAUUAAUGUUAGUGGUCACAAGUAUGGGCUUGUGUAUGCUGGUAUUGGAUGGGUUAUCUGGAGGAGCAAGGUAGACUUGCCUGAGGAACUUAUCUUCCACAUUAACUACCUUGGAGCUGAUCAACCUACUUUCACCCUCAACUUUUCCAAAGGUUCUAGUCAAGUAAUUGCUCAGUACUACCAAUUGAUUCGCUUAGGUCAUGAGGGGUACAAGAAUAUUAUGGAGAAUUGCCAGGAAAACGCAGGAGUGCUAAGAGAAGGAUUGGAGAAGACAGGGAAGUUCAACAUCGUAUCCAAGGAGAUUGGAGUGCCACUGGUGGCGUUUUCUCUCAAGGACCACAGCCGCCACGACGAGUUCGAGAUCUCGGAGAUGCUCCGGCGCUUCGGGUGGAUCGUGCCGGCGUACACCAUGCCCCCAGACGCGCAGCACGUGACGGUGCUCCGGGUGGUGAUCAGGGAAGACUUCUCGAGGACGUUGGCGGAGCGGCUUGUCAUAGACAUCGAGAGGGUUGUCCACGAACUCGACAACCUUCCGGCCAGAGUGGGUUCCAAGUAUGCCACGGAAACGGAGCUCUCGGUGGGCAAUGGCGUGGUGGUCCGCAAGAAGAGUGAACGGGAAGUCACGCUGGAGGUGACCACGGCGUGGAAGAAGUUCGUCGCCGAUAAGAAAAAGAUAAAUGGGGUGUGCUAAUUAACUGCUAAGACUUGAGACGACUAGAGGCAGAUCGAAUGACCAAUAUGGCUGUUUUUUUGUUUUUACAUGAAGAUUGAUAUUUUAUGUGUGCACUGAGGUAUUAUAUUGCUAUGUCUUGCACUCUUGCUCGUGUGUUACUGAGGCUCUACUUAUGUAUGCUAAGCCUUUAAUAAUAUACUCCGUAAUAUGCUUAUCAUCAAGAGUGCAAUUUAUUAAGUACAUUUGAGGUUUUUGAUUACGAA